CGGGCAGCGGAGAGGAGGCACGGGAUCUCAAGAGACAUGAAGAUACUUUCUGGGAUGUCAUCGCUUGUGCUACGCAGCCUUACCAGACCACAGAGGUUGCAGAAGCGGAUGGUGGUUUGGGUACAGAUCUGCUCACAAGAGAAGACAUCCAGAAGAUAUCAGAGCACGGAAGCGAGGCCCAGAGAAGAUAAAUGGAAAAAAGGGGUCAUCACGGCUGGGGCACUUCUGGGAUUGGGCAGUUUCUUGAUUUAUGAGGCACAGCGGAGAAAAGUUGCACAAGCUGAUUCUGAAGAGCACCCUGCUGUUGGGCACUUUUUCCCCAUAUAUACACGAGAAGAUAUAAGGAAACACAAAACACCAGCUGACAGGGUGUGGGUGACCUAUGCUGGAGAAGUGUUUGACAUCACAGAUUUUGUUGAGUUACAUCCUGGAGGAGACCGAGUUAUGCUGGCAGCUGGAGAAGCUUUAGAACCUUUCUGGGCUCUUUAUGGUGUGCACAAAAGUGAGCAUGUUAUUCAAAUUCUGCAGGAGUACAAAGUGGGGUUACUUAGCCCAGAUGACAAGGAAGAGGUGCGAGACUUCUCUGAUCCCUACUCCCAAGAUCCAUCUCGACACCCAAUUCUUAAGGUCAAUAGUGUUAAACCAUUUAAUGCUGAGCCUCCACCAGAAAUUCUCACAGAGAGUUACAUAACUCCAAAUGAGCUUUUUUUCAAGAGGAACCAUUUACCUGUGCCUGACAUAAAUCCAGAUGAAUUCCAACUAACUGUAGAGAAACCCCAUGGAUCAAAUCAGGAAGCACCAUUGAAAUUGUCCCUUAAUGACCUAAAGACCAAAUUUCCCCGACAUGAGGUUAUUGCUACCUUGCAGUGUGCUGGAAACCGACGCUCUGAGAUGAAUGCAGUGAAACAAGUCAAAGGAUUAGACUGGGGUACAGCAGCUAUCAGUAAUGCCCGAUGGGCAGGGGCACGGCUAAGAGAUGUAUUAAUAGAUGCAGGCUACACUGAAGACUCAUCCAAAGCAUUACAUGUGCACUUUGAAGGUUUGGAUCAAGACUUGACAGGAGCAAAAUAUGGAGCUUCUAUCUCCUUUCAACGAGCAAUGAGCAAGCAAAAUGAAGUGCUCCUUGCUUAUGAAAUGAACGGUGAGCCGCUUCCAAAGGAUCAUGGCUUUCCCUUGCGAGUUAUUGUUCCAGGGAUAGUGGGUGCUCGCAAUGUGAAGUGGCUGGGUCGAGUACUGGUGAGCACAGAAGAGAGUCCUAGCCAUUGGCAGCAGAAUGAUUACAAAGGAUUCAACCCAUCUGUAGACUGGGACACGGUGGAUUUUAAAUCCUCUCCUGCCAUACAGGAGCUGCCUGUGCAGUCUGCAAUUACAGAACCAAAGCCUGGGCAAACCAUCAUCCCAGAUUCUGAUGGUAAAGUGACUGUUGGCGGUUAUGCCUGGAGUGGAGAUGGGAGAGAGAUUGUGCGAGUAGAUGUGUCUCUUGAUGGAGGGAAGACAUGGAAUGUGGCAGAGUUAUUUGGGGAGAAGCAAAAGGAAGGACAGUCAUGGGCAUGGAAAUUAUGGAAGCUGGAGGCCUCGCUACCCACUGAAGGCAAAGAAGUAACAAUCAUUUGCAAAGCUGUAGAUAGCAGUUACAAUGUGCAGCCUGAUACAGUGGCCCCAAUAUGGAACUUGCGCGGUGUACUUAACAAUGCUUGGCACCGUGUGCAGGUCUUUGUGGAUAGAGAUUAGCAAGGAACUGACAUAUAAUAACUAGCAGU